AUGCUUGCCGGCCGGCCUAUACACUCAACGUUAUACAAAACCGACCUCGCUCAAAUCAAUCAAACGGACUUUCCUCCAUCAUUCAUGACCAUCCCUGAACACGAUUGCCUUGGAAUCAUGGUCAGUAGGCGGCGUGCUGGCUUCGUUAUUGCUCGAGGACCUGGUACCCGACAGCGACGGUCAGCCUCUCCAGGUACUCUUGCGAGCUCGAUUCGUAUGGUAAAGCGCAUCUCUAAUAGAAGAAACCAAGCCCCGCCACCCCCGCCAACAAGCAUAGCAGCUCCUGCUCCCCAAGACGAAUGGGCUGAUGAAAAUCUCAAUAUCUACGAAGCUGGGGAACAAGAAAAUCAUGCCGACCAAACCAUGCGCCCCGCUCAACCUUCUAGUUAUGUUUCUGAUUAUGCUCGGCGUCGCGAUCAGUUAGUGACAGCAUGGAAGCAGCUCGAGAACUCCAUGACCGCGGCGUAUUUCACAUGUCAACAUCACACCCGAAACUGGACCACCUCUCAAAUGUACCUCCUCCCCCUAACCGAAUGUACAUGCGCCCCACAGCUGGUAACUACCCGAGAGCUUGAUUUGAUUCACACGCAUGACCAAUUGUCGGGUCAAAGCUUUACCUUUUGCAAAUGCAUCCCAGACCCGAUACGCCUGCUCCACUACGGUUACAUUGCAGCCUCGCCUACAACACCCCGUACAGCUUUUGCGAUCCCAACGCUCCAGCUCUACCAAAGCCUCUGGUAUGAAUCUAGUCUGCCGUACACUUCGUUCAUUGUUGGAUUAUCGUUCCAUCAAGACAAGCGCUCUCAGCAGAAAUUGAAAGCUCGUGGCCGCCGGGGGACCUCUCGCCAACUACGACUCCCUUUUUCACAAGCCCUUGACAUUUAUAACCGAAUUCAGAUCCUUCGAACCGAAAUACUCGGCAAGACGUCAGAUAUUCCCCAAUCGCCCGAAGAUGCUAUCUCGCGACUUCGUUCAAUCCGCAACAUGAUGGAUCAGAUCCAGGAGCAGCGGGAAAAGCUUGGCUCAUCGGAAAUCUUGGAAGGGAUUUCUGAAGAGCACCAAAAAGCAUUUUUAAAGAUGUUGUACGCUAAGACCGAACUCCGACGGAAGCACUUGGCCCUUCUCGAAGAAAAAAGGCCGCUUGAUCGGGUGCGCAUGGGGCGUGCUUCAAAGUUAGGUACCCGAGGCAAAGAGCGCCUGGUCAAAUCACUACGGAAACGAGCGGUUGCCCUAAAAGCCGUUCUAGACAAGUAUAACCGGGCCCGCAUCUCUUACACCAGGGCAUUCCCCCAUCGACCCACACCCAGUGCACCCGAUUACGAUUCCCUUUUACAAAUGCUGCCUGAUGAUCCUUUUUGGAACGAUGGGAUUCUAACAAAUCACAACAAGCCAUGGGCAAUUGAUUCCAGCACUCAAGCUGGAAUGAGAGACAUAGCUAGGCUCACUAGAGCGGAGGAAGAAGUCCGCCGAAUCGGUAGAGAGGUACGAAGAUCGGUCCGAUGGGCUAUAAACGAGCACAACAGAAUCCUUCCUCUCAUUGUCGGGCUCCAGCACGAUACAGAUUGGGCGACCGAGAGGAUCGAGCCUAUACUUGCCGAUCCAAUACUGAAUUCUCUUGUCAACAAAGACCAGCUAUCUUUUAUCAAAGGAAUACUAUACACUGCAUUUCUCGAAAUCACAUCCCUUCAGUUGGUUUGGGAGAAAGAUAUGACCAAGAUUAUACAACAGACAGGUCCAUACGAGAACGAUGAUCAGCUCAUGGACGACUGGAGCAACCAAGUCACCCGAAUAGCUUUCCUCGAACAAAGUGGCUGUCUGUCGAUGAUCAAGGGUGAUUUUGAUAACACGUUGGGUGAAUCUUGGCGCCAAAUGGAUCAAGUGACCAUGCGUUACUUUCUUGAUGCCAGUGCAAACGCAGCAACCACGAAUAACCAGGAAGAACAAGCAGAUGAAGAUGAUGGUACGGAGAAUGUAAUUGGUGACGAGGAAGAAUUUGAGCGAGCUCUUGAGGAGGAAGACCUAAAUGCAGCUUUUGCCGACAGUAUUCAUUUAAGAUGA